UUAACAGUUGAGAUGGAGGUCAAACUUCAUGUUAUCAUGUAAUAACUUAACGUUAGCCUUGUGCCGUGUGGGGUUUCCCUAGCGCGCUUCAUCAAUGUGUGUUGGCUAGUUCAGGAUAUCAGUGAAUAGUGCAGGAUCUUACAGUAUUUGGGUUUGGUUUAAUGGCAUAAACUAGGCCAUAUUAACUAUUUAAGUAAAAUUAGUAGUGCUACUGCAUUAAUCUACAUACCUGAGAUAAUUUGAGUUGACAGGAAGUUUAUUUGUGUUCAUUUAGAGCAGGUUAGUACAUAAUGCAUAGUAUAGCUGACAGUAGAGCCAAAACGAUUAGUCGACUAAACAUCUUACGUUAGUCAAUUAUUAGAAGUUGGUCGCUAAUCGUUUCAGUCAAAAUGACACAGAAAUUAUGAUUACAUUUUUGACAUUUCAUAAACCAGUUGAGAAAGUAAUCUGCAGAUUAAUCGAUGAUUUAAAUGAUUGUUUGUUGCAGCUCGCCCUGUCUGAAAGGUAAGCCAUGAGGAAUCUUUGGACCAAAGCAGGUGUUUUCGGUUCGAUGUCAGUGGCUUUCGGGUCAAUGCUGUGGUCACAGAAGAAGACUGAAUUGGAACAGGUGGCUUCCAGUUGCCACUCUGCUGACACAAAUCCCAGUUCUCCUUACGAACUAAAAUUGGUCCAAGUCCUCUUCCGACAUGGUGCUCGUACCCCGCUAAAGUCAAUACCUGAUGUGAUAGAGGCUCAAUGGUUACCAACGCUCUUGGAGCCUCCAGCACACACCCAGAUCAACUAUGAAGUGACCGACCUUCAUGGUGGCCCAAGGCCCCCAGCUCCUGUAGAAGAAAGCUAUCGGAAAAAUGUACUGAACGGUGGCACGUUCCCCGGUCAGCUGACCACAGUGGGCAUGCAGCAGCUGUAUGAGCUGGGCCAGAGGCUGAGGAGGAGAUAUGUUGAGGAGAGCCCAUUCCUCAGCUCCACCUUUAGCCCAGCUGAGGUUUAUGUGCGCUCCACUAACAUUGUGAGGACCAUUGAAUCUGCCAAGUGCCUGGUAGCAGGUCUCUUCCAGCAAAAACAAAAAGAAAUUGUGACUAUAUUAACAACGGAGGCAGAAUCUGAAAUCCUGUAUCCUAACUACCAUGGAUGUAAGCUGCUCAAAAUCCUUGCCAGCCACCGCUGGGCAGAGUCGUCCACUCUGCCAGACAUUGCAGCAGACCUGCAGAGCAUCCAGAGCGCGUUGGGCAUCGCUGCUCACCAGCACAUCGACUUCAUCCUCAUUAGGGACGACAUGGUUGCCAGAGAGACGCACGGCCUGGCCUGCCCAUCGGUGCUGGACACCUGGAGGAACAAAGUGGAACAGAGAGCCGUGGACAUGAUCUGCCAUGUGUAUCAACCCAGCAAGAGGGAGAACUUGCAGCUGUGUGUGGGACCCCUCCUGCACACAUUGUUAGCCAACAUUGAGGAGAAACUACAGGGCACCUCAUCAGAGCCAAACAGGAAGCUGUUUUUGUACUCUGCACAUGACACCACAUUGAUUCCCUGUCUGAUGGCUCUGGGGAUUUUUGACAUGAGAUGGCCACCGUAUGCCGCUGAUUUCACUCUGGAGCUGCACCAACACCGGCAGACCAACAAGUCCUUCGUUAAAGUUUCAUACGUAGGCCAGGAUCAACUUGUACCAGGUUGUAGUGGAGUCUACUGCCCCCUGGAGGAGUUCAAACAGGUCCUCUCAGCAUACUCUCUGAGCUCUGAACUCUACCAAUCACUUUGUAACAGCACAGAGUGCUCGACCAAACCCUAAACCCACAACAAACCGUCACUUCGCAACACAGUGCUACCCUUGAUAUUACACUCCGACAGAUACCACGCAUCAUGUUUUUUCCGUUCCUACUCCAUCCAGCCACCAUCACCAGGGGAAAUUUACAAUUCCUGGAUUACAGCCUCUUUUGUAGAUAUUUCAGUUUACAUCAGACUUUUAAUUUUGUUACUAUUCAUCUUUGUUAACAUGGCAAUAACGUGUUCCAUUUAGGUAGAUUAAUUGAAUGGCUUUGGCAUAUUGACAAGUGUAAGUGCAGAAUUAUUUUUGCCAUAGUGUUUACGUGAUAUCAGAUGCUUCGUGCACAAGUGUUUGUUUGGAUGCACUUAAUCUGCUAACAUAUUUAUUUAACAAACUCCAAAAGACUAAAACCAACUAUGUCUGCAUAAUUUCAAAGUACCGUCAUAAAUCUUUAAAAGCAGAUGACAAGUACAUACUUGAUACAUACAUAAUUUUUUUUAAAGUUUAAGUAAUUUGCUAGAACAGCUGGACACUAAACUGGAGUAAAUUUGGUGUUCUAGUGAGUAUUUACUGCAUCAGGACGGUGUAGGAUUGUAUCAAAAAUAAACUACAGUGCCCAUGUUGAUUUGCAAUGAUGGAACAUACUCCUGUAAGUGUUAGACAGGGGAAGUAUAUAGCACAGAGGAAUAAACCAUACCAGAGUUGCCUAAUAAGUUAGAAUGAUAUAAAUAAAUUGUUGGUUUUGUUCUUUUGGAGAUUUGAAAAAUACAGAAUAUUAUCAGCCUUUUCCUUAGAAGUUCAAACCAUUGCUACAAUUUACUCUUGCACUAAGAUAAUGUAUAAGUUAUUAUCUCAAAGACAAUGUGGCACCAAAGUUGAUGCAAUUAUUCUGCCAAUUUGGUUGUGUUCAAAUAAAAUAUUUCAUAUUCAAUAAUUAAAUUCCUCACGAGAAUACUAAGCAAUUCAUGUACUGUAUUUAAUGUUGGGGAGUGUACAUUAGUGUGUAGGUGAAUGUCUUCAUAACCAUGUAGACUGUGCCGAAAUGGAAUAUUUCUGCUACAGUAUAUUUUAAGAGUGAAACAAGACAUAUUCCUUCUUGCGGGGAUUUGUUGAUACCGUCAGACCCCAGUAUAAACCUGUGUUACAACACGCACUGUACCUCAUCAGCGGGACUUUCCCGUGACCUGCUGCUUGAAAUAUAAAGGUUUGGAUUUGCGAGUCAUAAAUAAAGAUUUUGAUCAAUGUUAA